AUGUCGGCAUCUCUUACUACCACUGGCACCCCUCUUGCCCUUCGGGUACCAAACACAGGUGCUGCACGGGGAACAAAUGACCCUCUUGCCCUACCACCAGGAACUAGUUCAGAGAAAUUUGCUGAAUUCAUUUCUCGUGCUGAAGAAGCAACUGGUGCCGAAAAUGUCGUCGUUAUUAAGAGGAAAGAAGAGCUUACAAAAGAACUGUACACCGACCCUUCCAAAGUCCACGAUAUGUACCACAUCUUCGACAAAGAUUAUUUUGUAGUAUCCGCCACUAUUGCUCCCCGCAACGUCGAAGAAGUUCAAAAAAUCGUCAGACUCUGUAAUGAAUUCGAGAUCCCGCUUUGGCCAUUUUCAAUUGGUAGAAAUGUAGGAUAUGGAGGAGCAGCUCCAAGAGUUCCUGGAAGUAUUGGUCUAGAUAUGGGCAAAAACAUGAACAAAGUGCUAGAGGUUAACACCGAAGGAGCAUAUGCGCUGUUAGAACCUGGUGUGACAUUUUUUAGUCUAUACGACUACUUGAAGGAGAAAAAAUUGGACGAUCAACUCUGGAUUGAUACUCCAGAUCUGGGUGGUGGUUCUGUCGUUGGAAACACUAUUGAGCGUGGCGUAGGGUAUACUCCAUAUGGAGACCAUUUCAUGAUGCAUUGCGGACUCGAGGUCGUGCUUCCUACCGGAGAACUUAUCAGAACUGGCAUGGGAGCUUUGCCCGACCCAACGCAGCCGACAGUUGAGGGAGCAAGUUUGGAUCAACAGCCAGGAAACAAGUGCUGGCAGUUAUUUCCCUACGGUUUUGGCCCAUACAAUGAUGGUAUCUUCUCACAAAGUAACCUUGGUAUUGUGACAAAGAUGGGCAUUUGGCUUAUGCCAAAUCCAGGAGGUUACCAACCUUAUCUCAUCACAUUCCCAAAAGACUCUGAUUUGCCAAAAAUCGUUGAUGUCAUCCGUCCCCUUAGGUUACAAAUGGUCAUCCAAAACGUGCCUUCAAUCCGACAUAUCCUCCUUGAUGCAGGGGUAAUGGGGACCAAGAAAUCAUACUACGACGUUGACCGACCCCUAAAUGAAGAAGAACUCGAUGCCAUAGCUAAGAAACUAAAUCUUGGCCGCUGGAAUUUCUACGGCGCUUUAUACGGGCCCAAACCUGUGCGCGAUGUACUCUGGCAAGUAGUUCAGGAUGCUUUCGGAACUAUUGAAGGUGCAAAAUUCUUCCUUCCAGAAGAUAUCAAGGAGAAAUGCGUUCUUCACGUUCGCGCACAAACCCUACAAGGUAUUCCAACGAUUGAUGAACUUUCAUGGGUAGACUGGCUACCUAAUGGUGCCCAUCUUUUCUUCUCGCCUAUCUCCAAGAUCUCUGGUGAAGAUGCGAGCAAGCAGUACGCUCUUACUCAAAAGAUGACUCUUGAGGCAGGUUUUGAUUUCAUCGGAACAUUCACCAUUGGUAUGCGCGAGAUGCAUCAUAUCGUAUGCUUAGUAUUUGACCGUGAAGAUGAGGACCAAAAGCUACGAGCUCACAAGCUUAUCCGUGAGCUCGUUCAAGUUUGUGCUGAUAAUGGGUGGGGAGAGUAUAGAACUCACAUUGCCUUGAUGGACCAGAUUGCGGAAACAUAUGGUUGGAACGACAACGCGCAGAUGAAGUUGAACGAAAAGAUCAAGAAUGCUCUUGAUCCCAAGGGUAUUUUGGCACCAGGAAAGAACGGUGAAAAAGGAUUAGCACAGCUUCUAUUCCAAUUGAUGUCAAUAGGGUGUUGGUGUUGGUUUUGUUGUGAACCACUUGUUGACGAACGUCCGACUGUGGCUGAAAUCCUCGCGCAUAAAUCCUAUCCAGACACAAUAUGGAGACUCACACCAACGAAAAGAGGGAAGUUGCCGGUCGGCAAAGGCAGGGGAGGACCGUUCAAUAUUGAUUGGGAGGUUCAUGGCAGCGGAGAGACGAAGGUUGUGUGGCUCAUGGGCUUAGGGUCUAACAAGUCAACAUGGCAAAGGCAAACUCUACACUUUGGUCAUGAAAGAGGGGAUAAGUAUUCGUCGUUGGUGUUUGAUAAUAGAGGUAUGGGCGCAUCAGACACCCCGAUUUUACGAUAUUCUACCUCGGAAAUGGCCAAAGACACUAUUGAGCUCCUCGAUCAUCUUGGUUGGACGAAGGAUAGACAAUUGAAUGUCACUGGAGUAAGUAUGGGUGGAAUGAUUGCACAAGAACUGGCAUUAAUGAUACCAAAUCGAAUUGCUACUCUCAAUUUACUUUCCACGGCUGCCUUUGUCGAGAAUACCACCACUUUCUUUGAACAUCUGCGCACUAGAGUUAUGAUGUUCGUUCCUAAACCACUUGAUCGAUCGGUUCUCGAUGCAUCGUUGUCAUUGUUUCCCGCUUCGUGGCUGUCAUUACCAGAUACUGCUCAUCUACCCUCGGAAUCAACCCCGUUAGUGGAACCACCGCCAGGCCACCCUUUUCCCUAUGCACACUUCUCCACGAACUAUGAACGCUUUGCUGCCGCCGAACUAACCAAACGGCUCGAUCCUAACUCUUUCAAGACAAUCGGAUUUCUGCUACAGGCGAUUGCUGCCGGUUGGCAUCACAAGAGCCCUGCGCAAAUAAAAGAGUUGGGGGAUAAAGUGGGUAGGGAGAGAAUAGCUGUCAUGCACGGCACACAAGACCGGCUAAUAUCUUUUCCUCAUGGUGAGAAACUCAUCGCAUUUCUCCAACCCGGUAGACCGGAAAUUCGAGAAGGUGAUGGGCAUGCGAUCCCUAUUCAAGAGGAAGCCUGGUUUAAUGAAAAAAUGUCGGCAUUUUUUGAGGAAUUUAAUUGA